GCUUCAGGCCGUUCGUAGAGCGGUUCUCGCGAUCCAUCCUGGAAGUUGUAGUCACUUAUGCCUUUUAGCGGACAGCUGCUUUAGGGCUUGUGAACUACGACUCCCAGGAUGCUGUGCGACAGGGGACCCUGCCGCCGGUGAGGCCGCUCUCUCUUAGUGGCAAGGCGGCUAGUUCAAGUUGCCAUAGCGGCGGGAUACCAAUGGCAGAUUCGUCCAGUGAAUCAGACACCUUCCGUCGUAGAGUUGGGAGGCGCUGUCCUGUAAGAGCACCUUGCAGCAGAAUCCAAAACCAUUGUGCUGAAAAUGUAACUGAGAAGAUCCAUACUUUGGCAAGCACUUUACAGGAUACCAACCGGAACCUGAGGCACGUGGACCAGAUGUUGGACCAGUACCGUGAGUACAACAGUGAACAGGCAGAAGCAAUUGCAAAUCUUAAAGAAACUCUGCAACAGUCUAUCGGCCAACUAAGGAGUCAGCGAUUAUUGAGAAACUCUGGAGGAAGAAGUGCAUCCCUUUCUAGCUUAUAUCCAAGUGAUUUGGAUGGUGGAGCUCCAGAAACUCGUCAAUUCCAGCCUACUUCUCCUCUCAGGGAUUACAGUGAAGUACUGGGCACGCAACGUCGGAGAUCAAGGUCUGCUGUCCGGUUCGUUGACAGAGCUGCCAAUGUAAAUCAGUUACACUCGUUGCACCAGUCACUCAGAGAUCUUAGCAGUGAACAAAUUCGUUUGGAGGAGGAUCUCAGCAGAGAGCUUUCACGAAGAAAUCGAACUGAAGCAGAGACAAAAAGGGUGUUGGAGGAGCUGACAGACAGGCUUGGCGAUCCUCAAAGACAGGAAACGGUGUCUGACCGUGUAGAGAGAAGGCUUCAGGCAAUAGAACGAGAAAUCCAUGCAGAAAGGCAGCUGGUAGAAAGACGCCAGGAUCAGCUGGGACACAUGUCGGUGCAUCUGCAGGAGGCUUUAAAACAACAAGAUGCUAAAUCUAAUGAUGCGGAAAUCAUCUUGAAAAAUAAACUACUGAAAACUGAAGAUGAAAAAAGUAAACUUGAGCAGGAAUUGGAGCACUCCCGAAGGAAACUGGAUCAGUCAGAAUACAGCCAAAAAGCCCUUCUCCACCAGAUUGAGGAUCUCCGUUCCCAACUUCUUAGAGCAGAAGAGGAGCGUCUGAGUUUACAGCACCAGAUCUCUCAGGUCACCAUGCAUCACCAGAGGCAUUCCGAUGAGCAGGAGGACAACAGGAGGAAGCACAGAGUGGCUGAUCAGGACAAACAAGAUAUGGAGAAACAGAUCUGGGAACUGAGAGCAAAGCUCAGUCAUAGUGCUGUCAUGUCAGAGAUAGAGGAGUUAAAGCGAUGCAUUGAGCGCAAGGACAAAGAGAAGGCACAGCUUGGGAUGAAAAUAGAGGUUCUGACUUCUGACUUGGAAAAGAGGGAGAACCAGCAGCAAAAGAUGCUGAGCCAGCUGAAUGAGAUACAGAGCAACUACAAGGCCUGUGAAAACGACUGCAGAGCAGCUGAACAGCAGGUUGCUGAGCUGGCUCAACAACUGGAAGAGUCUGUUAAGGAAGCAGAGAGGUACCUUGCUGAAUUCAGACAAUCUGAAGUACUCAGGCUUGAUAAUGAGAAGAAGAAAGAGGAGUUAAAACUGAAAGCGCAGGAGUCCAUUAAACAUUGGAAGCUGAAAUGUAAGAAACUGGAACAUGAAAUGGAAAAGCAAACUGAGUUUCACACCCAGUUGAUGGAGAAGAACAAUCUGGCCCUUAGAGAACGAGAUGACUUUAAGGGUCAGCUUCUUUCAGUCAUGCACCAAAUGGAAAAUCUUCAAAAAGAACUGAGUGAUGCACUUGAAAAGCGGGCCAAGCAAGAAGAGGAGCUGCGUUGUAAAGACAAGAAACUGAGUGAAGCCAGAUCUCUGCAGAUGGCUCUGGAACAAGAGAUCAGAGAUGUUCGAGAAACUGUAGAUAAGCUAGACAGUGAACUGCAAAAACAGAUCCAAGCACUGAGCCAGAUGAGAAGUGAUAAACAGCAUUUAGAAGAGGAACUUGCAUCUAUCAAUAUGAUCCAUGAAAAAGACCAGGGAAGACUCUUGGAGAUGCAGACUGUUAUAAAAAAUCUUAGUGCCAUUCGGGCUGAGUUGACCAACCGACUAGCGGAAGAGGAAAAAGCCAAGAAGGAGUUGCGCAAGAACCUAACGGAGCUCCAGAAGCAGAAGGAAUCUAAUCAGGAUGAGAUGGCUGCAACUAGCAAGCAGCUGAAGUUGGAGAGAGAUGUCCACCAACAGGAGCUGGCAAAACAACAGUCAGAACUGCAGUGGACCAAAACCAAACAUGACCAAGAGGUUCAAGAGAUGAUGAAGCACUUCAAUCAAGAAAAAGAGGAAACAGCUGGUCACAUUGGAAAACUAAAGACAGAACUUGCAGAAGAAAGAAAUUUAGUAAAAGCCCAGCGUCGACAGGUGGAAAAGAUGAAAAUCGAAUGUGAUAAAUUGGUAGAGGAACUAAGCCAUAAGGAAGAAGACAACACAAAACUUAGGCGAAAAUAUCAACUGAUGAAACAGGAACUGGAUGACAAGGAUAAAAUGAUAAAUAAUAAAGAAGAUAAUCUAAGAAGGAUGGAGGAAGAAAAAUUACACCUUCAUGACCAACUGUGUUGUCUUCAAAAUGAGCAGGAAUCCAUCCUCUCUAUGAUUGGAAGUGAAAUUGAUGCAGCUUGUGAAGUUUUCUCUAGGGAUUCAUUGGAAAAAUUCAGCGCAAUAUCACUUAUGCCAGGGAUACGGAAUGACCCUCAUCGAUGGUUAGCAGAAACAAAGACCAAACUCCAGUGGUUAUGUGAAGAAGCAAAGGAGAGAGAAGCCAAGGAGAAGAAACUGAGGCGUCAUCUGCAGCAGAGCCGAGAGCAGCUGAAGCACCUGGCGUUGAGUAAAGACUCGGAGCGCCAAGCUCUUAUAGGUCAACUGGAAAAACAGGAACAACUCCUGGAUGAAGCUCAUCAAGCAAAAAAGGAUCUACUACAGAAGACUCUAAGGAAGGAGGAAGAAAUAAGUGCCCUACAGGACCGAAUAGCGACAUUAGAAACAAGUACUCAAGUGGCCUUAGAUCACGUAGAGUCUGUCCCUGAGAAACUGAGCCUUUUAGAAGAUUUUAGAAGUUUUGGAAAUUCUCCUGAUCAGACAGAAAUCAGUGGAGAAAGACAUGCUAAAUAUAAGGAAAUCAUGGGCUCCUUGCAUCAGCAUCUGGAAGAUUCAAAACGCAGACUUGAAGACUUCAGUGAUAAGAAAACCGAAGCUGAUAUUUCUGCCAUACACGGUGCAUCUUCUAAGUGGCGAACGAGCACAAACUUUAUGUCCAGCUCCUUACUUUCCACUUCAGGAUUGCUGACCAAAAGUGCUCUUCCUUUGGGUUUAAACGCAGCUAAGACAAAUCCCAGCAGUGUGACUGUCAAUGAGAUGAAGCCCCGCACGGAACAAGAGAAGUACUAAAAAGAACCAAGAAAUGUGCAGUUUCACUGCAGAACAUGCAGAUGUGCCCCACUCUCUGCUUCUAAGCAGUCAAGUCCAGCUGUAUUUACAACUGCAGUGCUGAUUCCUUGGUUUUCACUGAUGCCAAAUAUUAACUGAAAACAACAUCAUGAUUGUGUACAUAAAGUAAGGCAGGUAAUGCCUGAAGAGUCAACAUGUACUGUAAAAUACCAAAGCAUCUUGCGGUAGGAAGCAUUGUCUCCCUCUGCAUUACUUUUGUUCAUUUCCAAGCAGACCUUUCAGUUCCUCAGUGCCACAUGUGGACUGCUUUUACUGAGGUCUAAAAAAAAAGCUCUGCAAUGUAUAACUUAACUCUGUUUUAACUUCAAAUAUGUGAUUAUAUUUUGGUCAGACUGUAUAAUAUAGGCACAUUUUUUGAUAAUCAAGAAAUGGUUAAUAGAAAAUGUUUUUGUGUGUAAAUAUGAUGUUUUCUAAAUUUGGUAUAGCAAUGCAUUUGCAUAUAAUAGCUUUUUUUUUUUUUACAACAGAGGUGCCUCAAAUGAUGCUUUGUACAAUGAUUACAUUAUUGUGCUUAAUAAUAGAAGUGCUUUAUAUCAGAAACAAUGACCUGUAUUUCCUUCCCUGUGGGAGAAGUUCAGAUUCCAUUCUGUACUUCACUUGGUUCAGGACUGGUGUGUUUGUUGAUCCAAGUUCAGCAAAGAACACAUCUUAACCUAAAUUUCCCCCAAACUGGAGGAAACUCAGUUAACUGCUUGUUAUAAGGGACUUUUAUUGCUAAGCAUUAAAAUAAUGCUCCAGACCUUCUAAUAAUAAUGUAAUGUGGUGCAUGAAUUCCAACUUGGUGAUGUAGAGCUGGAGUCACGCUAUCUCAUUUUGUGCUACAGACUUACCAGAACCACCUUUUUGAGAAUCAUUGGCAGGAGAGGUUGACUUGAAUGAGACCCGACCUUUUAAAAAAGCAAUUUCUAAUAAUCACAUCAUUUCCACUCCUGCGUUCUUCAGUUUAUUGAAAUGUCACCUUCAUUUUAAAGUGUUAAUGACGAUGUACAGUAUUUUAGCCUUAUUUUGUGGCCUCCACUGAUGCAAUCAGAUUCUUUCCUUUCCUGUCCUUUCUAAUAAACCCCUGAAGCAGCCUCAUUUUCACCUGC